AGAGACGCCUGUCCAUCAUACUCAGUAGGCCGGGUUUGGAGGGAACAGGUUGAGUUUACAAGCUGCGAAAUUAUCUAACAUCAUAUAACGCUGUUUACACUACAAAUCACAAACUGGAAGGGCUGAGUGCAGCGUGGGUGCCCAAGGAUAGGCCGUCUGAGGCUGGGGAGCAGAGUGGCCGGUCCCCCCCGGUUAUGAACCACACCGAGGGAGGCCUUGUCAUCUUCAGCGCCAACUCACACCCUUCCUCCAGGGAGAUCAGCAAGAGGAUAGGAGAGCGUCUGGGGGUGGAGCUUGGGAAGGUGCAGGUGUACCAGGAAGACAACAGAGAAACACGUGUGCAGAUCCAGGAGUCGGUUCGAGGCAAAGAUGUCUUCAUCGUCCAGACAGUGUCUAAGGAUGUGAACUCUACCAUCAUGGAGUUGCUGAUCAUGGUGUAUGCGUGCAGGACUUCCUGUGCCAGGAGCAUCACCGGGGUCGUCCCCUACUUCCCCUACAGUAAACAGUGUAAGAUGAGGAAGAGAGGUUCUAUCGUCUCCAAACUACUGGCCUCCAUGAUGUGUAAAGCAGGUCUGACCCAUCUCAUCACCAUGGAUCUUCAUCAGAAGGAGAUUCAGGGUUUCUUCAACAUCCCAGUGGACAACCUGAGAGCUUCUCCCUUCCUACUGCAGUACAUCCAGGAAGAGAUUCCUGACUAUAGAAACGCAGUGAUAGUGGCCAAAUCUCCAGCCUCAGCCAAAAGGGCCCAGUCGUUUGCAGAGCGGUUGCGUCUGGGUAUUGCAGUGAUCCAUGGAGAGGCCCAGGAUGCUGAGUCAGACCUGGUGGAUGGAAGACACUCUCCUCCUACUGUCAAGACUACUGGAGGGAUACACCUUAGACUGGAGAUUCCACUGUUGAUCCCUAAAGAGAAGCCUCCCAUUACAGUGGUAGGAGAUGUAGGAGGACGCAUUGCCAUCAUAGUGCUGCUGUGUGUCCCGCCCCCCCAGGAUGACAUCAUAGAUGACGUGGUCAGCUUCGUGGCGGCCGCGGAGACGUUGAAGGAGCGCGGAGCGUACAAGAUAUUCGUCAUGGCGACGCACGGCAUCCUCUCCUCCGAUGCACCGAAACUCAUCGAGGAAUCUGCCAUCGACAAGGUGGUGGUAACCAACACUAUUCCUCAUGAGCAUCAGAAGCUGCAGUGUGAUAAGAUCCAGACUGUGGACAUCAGCAUCAUCCUCUCUGAAGCCAUCAGACGCAUCUACCAAGGAGAGAGCAUGUCCUACCUGUUCAGACACAUAGGGCUGGAGGACUGAACACACACACACACACACACUCUCUCUCUCUCAAUAAUAAUGUUACAAUAAUAAUGUAACAAUAAUAAUGUGACAAUAAUAAUGUAACAAUAAUAAUGUGACAAUAAUAAUGUAACAAUAAUAACAUUAUGUUAAAAUAAUAAUGUGACAAUAAUAAUGUAACAAUAAUAAUGUUACAAUAA